AUGGGCGAAAUUUCCAGAGCUCUCAAGGUCUUCUUCAUGCCUCACAUGGCACAAGGCCACAUGAUCCCUCUCUGCCAAUUCGCGAGGCUCUUCGCUGCACGUGACCAUCACCACCACCCCCUCAGAUUUCCGUCCGACGAAGUCGGCCUUCCGGUCGGCAUCGAGAACUUCUUCAAUGUCACAGAUGCUGCGACUGCUUGGAGACUUAACCAGGCUGUAGGUUUGCUCAGAAAUCAACUGGAGCCUUUCAUUGAACAAAACCCACCCGAUUGCAUCGUUUCGGAUUUUAUGUACCCGUGGACAGCCGCGAUAGCGACCCGUUUGGGGAUUCCCAGGAUUGUGUUCAACACAUUUUGUCUUUUUGUUGUGUGCAUGAUCAAUGCAUGCAAGGGACAAUUACAGUCAAAGCCGGAAUUAUUAUCCCAUGAGCAUGAUGAUGAUUCGAGUUGUCCAUUUGUGGUUUCGGGUCUUCCUGACCCAAUCACCCUCACCAAUCGGCCGCCUAAGUGGGUGUUUGAAAUGUUAGAAACCUUGAUAGAGACUGAUCAGAAGAACAGCUAUGGGCUCACUGUGAACAACUUUAACGAUCUGGACGGUCAAGAUUACAUCGACUAUUACAAGAAAAGCACCGAUCUUAAGGUUUGGCACAUUGGUCCUGCUUCUCUCAUGUUAAGAAACAUACUACCAAAAGAAGAUCUUCAUCCACAAACAAAAAAGGGGCAUGAACAUAUAAGGACAUGGCUCGACUCCAAGGAAUCUAAUUCUGUCGUUUACGUAAGCUUUGGCAUGCACAGGGAAUCCAAACAGAACAACAAAUGUGGUGAGGAAGAAGAAAAGAAAACGUGGUUGCCAAAAGGGUUUGAAGAGAGGCUGAAGAAGGAGAACAGAGGGCUCAUCCUGAUGAAAUGGGCCCCACAGGAGUUGAUACUGAAUCAUCCGGCCACCGGUGGGUUUCUGACGCAUUGCGGGUGGACGUCAGUGACGGAGGCAGUGAGCGCCGGGGUACCCAUGAUGACGUGGCCGGUCUUCAUCGAGCAGCCUUGCAACGAGAAGUUGAUAACGCAGGUACACGGGUUUGGAGUGGAGGUGGGCGCAGAAGAGUGGAAGCCCAGCCCCUAUGAGAGAAUGGAGAAGUUAGUAAGUAGGGUAAAGAUAGAGAAAGCCGUGAGGAGGCUAAAGGCCGGCGGAGAUGAAGCUGAGAGGGUUAGAGAGAAAGCGAGAGAGAUGAGAGAGAAAACUCGAAAAGCUGUGGGAGAAGACGGGUCGUCACAGAGGAAUUUAACAGCCUUGAUUGAAGAUCUUAAGCUCAUCGCAAUGAAUCGGGCCGCUUCAAAACGCCAGACACGGAUUUAUUAA